GUAAUGUAGUAGGAGAGCAGAGCAGCUGAACUGUAGUUUCGAAGCCUCUUCCCCAAACGGAGUACUGUGUUGCUGGGACUCGGUGUGCGCGGAGCGAGAGAGGAGGUUCUGUAGAAUGUUCUGGAGUGAAGUUUAGAGCAGAUGUAUUGAUGUAUUCCGUUAGAAUGCUGCAGGUUGAGGUUCUCCGUGCGGUUCUUCUGACUGUGUGUCUGACAGUAAGUGUGGGCUCUGCUCGUCCUCCUAAUGUGGUCUUCAUCCUGGCUGAUGAUCUGGGCUGGAACGACGUGGGCUUUCACCGCUCUGAGAUCCGAACCCCGGUGCUCGACCGGCUGGCAGCUGCGGGGGUGAAGCUAGAGGGGUACUACGUCCAGCCGCUGUGCACACCGUCCAGGAACCAGCUGAUGACCGGCAGAUACCAGAUCCACACAGGGAUGCAGCACCAGAUUAUCUGGCCCUGCCAGCCAUACUGCGUCCCUCUGGAGGAGAAGCUGCUGCCCCAGCUGAUGAGGGAGGCUGGAUACUCUACCCACAUGGUGGGCAAAUGGCAUUUGGGCAUGUAUAAAAAAGAGUGCCUGCCCACACGUCGAGGCUUCGACUCUUACUUCGGGUACCUGACAGGUUCUGAGGAUUACUUUAGUCAUAAUAGAUGUAGUCCCAUCACUCCUCUAAACGUAACCCGCUGUGCACUGGAUCUCAGAGAUGGAGAGGAGGUCGCCACGAGUUACAGCGGUGCUUUCUCCACCGAGCUCUUCACUCAGAAAGCCACCAGCAUCAUACAGCAGCACAAAGCAGACAAGCCACUCUUCCUCUACAUGGCCCUGCAGGCAGUUCAUGCUCCUCUGGAGGUUCCUGAGCGUUACGUCACCCCGUACAACUUCAUCAAGAACAAGAACCGCAGGGUGUACGCAGGCAUGGUGUCGGCAAUGGACGAGGCUGUGGGCAACAUCAGCAGAGCUCUGCAGGACACCGGGCUGUGGAACAACACCGUGCUGAUCUUUUCCACAGAUAAUGGGGGUCAAACGCUGGCCGGGGGCAACAAUUGGCCUCUCCGGGGCAGAAAGUGGUCACUCUGGGAGGGCGGAGUCAGAGGCGUAGGCUUCGUGGCGAGCCCACUUCUGGAGCGGCCGGGAACCGUCAGCCAUGAACUGAUCCACAUUUCUGAUUGGUUGCCUACGCUAGUGGGUCUGGCUGGCGGGUCGACCCACGGCACAAAGCCGCUGGAUGGGUUUAAUGUGUGGGACACCAUCAGUAAAGGUAAAGCAUCUCCUAGACUGGAACUGCUGCACAACAUCGACCCCUUGUAUGACGACAUCGCGCCCUGCACCGGGAAGGGUGUAUUAUUUGAGGAGCUGCAGGAAUCUUGGCGUUUGUUGUCGUCAAGACGAGCCUCACCAGAGCUCUCCCUACAAUUCAAUGUGUCCAUGCACGCUGCCAUUCGCCAUGGCAAAUGGAAGCUCCUGACUGGUUACCCAGGUUGUCCUCUGUGGAUUCCUCCGCCAGGUGAGGGUCAGGAAGAGUUCUCUGCCACACCUGAACCACUGAAACAGGUGAUGCUGUUCAACAUUGUGCAGGACCCUGAGGAGAAACAAGAAGUCUCAUCACAGCACCCAGAGGUGGUCAACUUUCUGCUAAGGCGCUUGGACCACUACCAGCAGGAGGCGCUGCCCAUCACAUUCCCACCUGAGGAUCCUGGGUGUGAUCCGGAGCGUCUGGGAGGAGCUUGGGGGCCAUGGGCCUGACGGCAUAGGCACUCAGAUCAGGGCAAUCUGACGGGAUUGGAUUGGCUGAAAAAUGAUCACUUACUUGAAAUCUAAAGGCUACUGCACACCGAACACGCCGCCCAACACAUGUGCCUAAAAAUGUGACACUGUCGUUUUUAAUCGAAGCACACAAGGUUUGUCAAAGCACGACCUCAGCACUUUGCCAUUACUACGUUAAAGUAAAGCCACAUCGAGAGCAUAGAAGGCCAUUGUAGUUGAAACGUACACAGAGAAAGGCAGCCAGUCUUUUAGAUAAACCUCAGCUAACGUUAUUAGCUUACUCAUUUUUCACUUUGUGCCUUUCAAAAGAUUGUGUUGAGGAGUGAACUCACCCAAAAGGUGAUAAAUUAUAGUGAAAGUUUAAUUUACCUCUUAUUCUCCAGGGUAUACUUUGGUUUGUUCAUCUGAAUUUACAUGACCAAAUCAUAAGGCAAAUUAUUCAGUAACUGCAUGAAGUAACUACGUUUUCAUGUAUUCAUUUAUUUUCUGU